CGCCUUCAGGAACUUCGCGGAGAAACACUGUGCACAGCCGAGUGCAUAAUCUGUAAGCAAACUCCCCCAGACUGAGGCCAACGAAUUUUAUCCACUUCGGCCUAACUGCCAGUAUGCGCCAUACAGCAAUACAGCUCCGUGCCGUUCUGGGUCCGUGAAUUCCCGGGGAUAUAUUAUGAACUUUCUGGGCUAAGGCAAGACAGCGAUGUGAAUAAUCGUCAACAGGCUUGGCGGAGUGACAGCGGCUCUAUUGCAGGCCUCUCUGGGGCGCCGCGCUGGGCUUGGCUAAACAGUAACUCGGCGGCACAGAGGUCGGGUGGGCGCGGCCCUGUUUGUUUUCGGCGAAACUUCACCGCGAGGAGGCCGCGCGACCGGGGGCUCCGACUCAAACGCCGAACCCGCUCGGAACCCCGCGCUCCGAAAAACGAUGAGUGCAGGCCCGUAGGUGUACAGAUCCCCACUCGCUGUUCCGUGCCCUGGGCUUCCGAAAGCACCUGUCGCCGUGGGAGCAGGCGUCGGCAUGGAGACCGUGGUGAUCGUGGCGAUCGGGGUGCUGGCCACCAUCUUCCUGGCGUCCUUCAUCGCCCUGGUGGUGGUCUGCUGCCACCGAUACUGCCAUCCUGCACACCUGCUGCAGUCUGAAAGCAAACCCAAUGUCGAUCUGAUCGGCGCCAUGGAAACGCAGAGCGAGGCCUCGGAGGUGGAGCUGGACAACGUGGUCAUCACCAACCCCCACAUCGAGGCCAUCCUGGAGAACGAGGAAUGGAUCGAGGACGCCUCUGGUUUAGUGUCACAUUGCAUCUCCAUCUUAAAGAUUUGCCAUACCCUGACUGAGAAGCUCGUAGCCAUGACGAUGGGUUCGGGGACAAAGGUCAAGGCCCCUGCCAGCCUCAGUGACAUCAUCACCGUGGCCAAACGCAUCAGCCCCAGGGUGGACGAUGUUGUGAGAUCGAUGUACCCGCCUCUGGACCCAGUACUCCUCGAUGCCAGGGCCACCGCCCUCCUUCUGUCAGUCAGCCACCUGGUCCUGGUGACCCGUAACGCCUGUCACAUGGCCGGCAGCACCGACUGGAUCGACAUGUCGCUGCACGCCGCCCAGGACCACAUGGUGGCGCUGCGGGAGGCGGCGCUGGCGUCCGAGCCCGACCACGCCCCUCCUGCGCCUGAGGUCGUCCAGAGGGAGCAGGCCAUCUAGGCCUCCUCUGAACAGGGCCUAGACCUGCUGCGAACGUCUCCUGGAUCUCCUCUGAACAGUAUCUGUAUCUGCUCCGGAGAGGGUAUAGAUCCGCUCGGAAAAGGUGUCUAGAUCCGCCAACGGCACCUAGAUCUGCUCUGAAAAAACAGUCCUGCAAGGCUUCAGGAGCACUCACACACACACUGUACAUACACACUCCAGCUAUACCCAGGGAUGGCCAAUAACACAGCAAAAUACACCAUGUCUUUCAGUUAAAAAAUAAAUACCUCCCAAGUAAUGAAUCUAUAAACAACUAUUAAAAUGGUGGAGGCAAUGGCUGCUUCAUAGGUGGCUCAGAGGAGUAAACCAAAACAAAGAGGCAAACAACUUGUGUUACAUACAUGUAAAUGCAUAUUAUUUUAACACGCGUAUCAAGUACUGUCCAUCCCUGGCUACAGCCUUAAUUCUGACAGAUGUUCAGAAAAAACUGAAAAACGACGAAAACUCUAAAACUUCAACCAUAGAAAUACUACUUUAAAACCCCCAGAAUGCACCUCGGAAGGGGGGGCGGGAUUCUUGACCCCUCCAAUUGCAUGAGAAAGGAACCUUGCUCCUCUGGAAGAUUUGAAAUCCUACAUUUCAGACCGCCUGAGCAGUCAGGAAACAAAGGUGUGUCCAAUUAACAGGGGAAAUCGCACUAAACGCCAAAUCGGUUCCUGCUAAUGCUUAGUCAGCCCUUAUGCAACUGCCAAAAUAACUGCUCUUUCUCAGCUCUUACUGUUGCCAGUGGAGCUGCAAACCUGGAUGCCAGACCGAUAUUUUCACACUGCAGGAAUCCAUCCCACAGGGACUUAAGUAUCUUUUUGAGCCAAAAAGUGUACCAAUAGAUUAAAGCACAAAAAAGCCACUGUGUUAAAGGAAGUCUGCGCAUUGAUGGGUUCCAGUUUGACUAAACCUCUCUGACAUCAAACAGUGGGGCAUUUUCACACUCGGUGGGGACUUUCAGGCACUUCACUGAAAUCCUUUAUGAAGGAUCAGUCCUUAAUCCAUACACAGUGCCUUUUCUGAUCAUGGGAAUGGACUACAUGCACAGGGGUCCUGCCUCUUAAAACAAUGACAUAUAUGUGCAAACUGCCCUCAUGGAAAUUAUAUAUACUGCAGUAUAUUGUUACUAUUCUAGCUUCUUGAGAAAAUAAUAUUGUAUUUAACAACAGUUUCCUAAUACAGCAACAAUUUUUAUAUUGCCGAUAUAUUGUCAUGUGGUGCAAUGUAUUGAUAAUAUACUGUACUUGUUCCACUGUUUCCGUAAAGGUCACCCAUGUGCAGAAGUGCAGUAAACAGGUUGCUGUCUCAUAUCAAAAAGAAAGAGGAAAAACAAUGCGGGGAUCUGAGAGAGCUCUUAUGUAGAUACUAUUGGUGUGGGAACGUGCUUCUCUUAGCACUGUGGGCUAGGAGUGACCCGUAGGCUAAUCUCGCUGUAAUCUGCAGUCAACACACUGUUGUGGAAUGCACCCGCCCCCCCCGGUUCAGACCAGGGCGGGACCGUGACCGCACGGUCGGCAGAAAGCAGGAAGGAUUUGCGCCUGGUUUUCGGGAGAGGGGUGGGGACCGGUUUAAGUCACCCCAGCAUAGGACCAGUGUCUCUGGGCCUGUUUAUCAAUUUACAGCACCUCAAGGCAUCGGAGAUGUGAUAAAAAGAACACAGUGCAUCCUGCCGAUUAGCUUAGCAAGUGAACAGCAGCGACUAUGUACAGUAAACCACGCUUCAGUGAUAAAUGUAUGUGCUGUAGGAUUUACGUGUCAUAAAAUUCAGACAUAGAGCAACACUGGAGUUCUAAAAUUUUGAAUGUCGGUGACACUGGGUGUUCAAGGGCACCAGCUGAUUCUGUGUCAUUUUGGUUGUUUUUUCCAGCUGUGAUUUAAACAGAAUUCCACAGCAGAAAAGAGAUUGUGUUUCCACAGACAUACAGAGCUCUACUCAAGCAAUAGAGUCAUGACACACAUCCAGAAAAAACACUGGUUUUCAUUUUCCAACCAAUGUGUCGAGCCUUUGUACUGUUUACUGUUUACCACGUGACUGGUGUUCUGUUUUGUGUUCUUUUACUCAGUUGAUUUGAAAUCACUAAAUGAGUUUCUGUAAAAUACAC